UGAAGAUCUGAAGCGAAUGGUCAACAAGAAAGAGCCCUUUUAUGAUGAAGUGAAGCGACGGAGUGCUGAAGGAAUCGGUGAGCCGAGCACUAGUUCUUAUGAUCACUUGCAUUAUGAUAGACCCAGAAGUGAUAUAAAACCAAAUUAUCAAAGACUGGACACUGCAGCUCAGGCCUCACCUAAUGAGACACCAAAUGAAUCGUCGGAUCCGUCGACCAGUAAUUCAGAAAAUGAUUUAACAUAAUUGUUUUAUAUUUAAUUGGUUUUUAGACUUUUUGUAUGAUUUUAUAAUUACAUUAUAUAAUAUUUAAAUAAUUUUAACGCAUUAACACAUUUCCAUAGCAUUUUGAAUCACAUUUAGUUCAAAA